GUCAUUCAUGCCGUCAAUUCAUUUUGGACGUGGUUUGAUUAAAUCAUAUUAUCAGCGAUAAAUUUCUUUUCACAUAAUUGCAUUUGCAGUGCAUUCAUACAAACGCGAAAACAUAUGUGCAUACGGGAAAAAUGCCACCAGCCAGACGAGCAAAUAUAGGUCGGCGAACGCGUAAUGCAAAUGAUGUGGCAUUACUAAGACGAUCACAGACUGCAGAUGAACGCGCACAAGCUAAUGCAUCGCAGCGUGAACGUAAUGCACGCAAUAGAUUUGUUAACCCAGUACCUGUACUGAAUCUUGCACGGCCAUCACGAAUACGUCGUGCUGUUUUGGCUGAAAUGAUGCGUGCUGCUUUUAAUUACAACAGUCAGAUUGAUUAUAGUAUGUAUGGAUACAUUGGAAUGAUGGACGCAAUAUGUCCACAUUGUGAUGCGGCUAACUUUCGAGGUGAAACACCCGGCAUGUGUUGUGCUAAUGGCAAAGUGAGAUUGCCAGCAUUAGAAACUCCACCCGAACCAUUGUAUUCAUUUAUUUUUGGGACAUCGCAAGCGUCGAAGCACUUUCUGAGUCAUAUUCAACAAUACAAUUCGGCAUUUCAAAUGACUUCUUUUGGUGCAACUAAAAUUAUUAGAGAUAAUUUUAUGCCGACGUUUAAGAUUCAGGGCCAGAUUUAUCAUCAAGCUGGUUCGUUAUUGCCAUACCCCGACGCUGAUCAUCAAUUUUUGCAAAUUUAUUUUAUUGGUGAUGAAAAUCGUGAAUUGGAUCAACGUUGUGCAAUUGUUUCGAAUACAAGACGAGAAAUUAUUCGUGAGCUACAAAGGUUUUUCCAUCAGCAUAACGCAUUAGUUCAAUUGUUUAAAAUUGCUCUCGAUCGUAUGCCAACUGAUAAUCGCAAAAUCGUAAUAAGAGCUGAUAGAACACCUUUUGGAGAGCAUGCAAGGCGAUUUAAUGCCUUUAAGGUCAAACACUUCACGUUUGUGGUGUGAAUUUGGAGGAACAUUGUUUUUCACAUGGCCAGUUAUAUGUUGCCUGUUCCAGAGUCGGUACCCCCAGCCGUUUGUUUAUUUAUGCUCAAAAUGGAAAAACAAAAAAUAUUGUUUAUCCAAAUGUUUUGGAUUAAGUGUGUUGU